CCGUUGCCCAUCAGUUCGUAACUGCAUGUUCCUGAGAUUACCCUAUAAAAACGAGCCCAUGUUUCCCGGUUCCCAAGUUAAGGCCAUUGAUUCACUCAGUCAAUCCCAUAUCUUCUCCUUUUUCAUUGUUUCUCUCCAAGUUGCCAUUCUCUCAAACUCUGUGGAAAGUAUCAACUAUGGAGGAGUGUAAGAAACAAGUUAUAGGAAUGGAAAAGAGCAAAGAAGGGAAGCCGCCCACCAGGCUACAGAUGCAUGCGCCUGCAUCACUCCAGCUUGAUCAGGUUGAAGCUAAUUUUGGGACUGCUAAAGCCGCUGCCGCUGCUUCUGCUGCGACUCCAAUUCCCUUGCUGACACCGCUCGCUUCACCCAAUCUAUUCCCACAGACCGAUGAUUUCAUGUUUCCAAUCGAUGAUAGCCACAGGAAAGCUGCUGCAAUACCAGUCCCAACGGUAUUUGCCUGGAAAGAACCAGCUGGGGCGGCACAUGUGGAGGUUUCCGCCUUGUUUGCUUUGUUUCAAAACAGAUGUGUUCUUGUCAAUGAUGCACAGUGAUGUUUUUGUUUUGCAUUUAUACACCAUAUAUAUGUAUGUAUAUAUAUAUAUAUAUAUAUAUAUAUAU